AUGCAACGCGAGCACAGUCGUCGUGGCUUCUCUAUAUACGUUCAUCAGAAAGUUGUUCUGGAGAUUGAUUUCUCCGGUUCUCUCUGGGGUUACACGGAAAUCACCCUCAUUCCAACUAAUCACAAUCUGAGGACUAUUCAUCUGCACUCCAGGCAAUGCACGAUUCACUCUGUUACUGUCGCGUCACACUCAGCGGAUUUUGUUCACCAUGAUCCGCUCGCUCAGAUCAGCAUCUCAAAUCCUCAGGAUUGUCAUACUUAUCCAGAGCUGAAGCGGAAGAUAUAUUCUGCACUAGCCGAAGGUGAUGAGGGUGAACUGUCGAUUGCAAUUCCGAAGGAAGUUUCGAUUCGACAAACUGGCCAUGCAAACCACUCGCUUGCGAAUGCUGCUACGCCUGAGCCUCAUACCCCUGGCCCCUCUUCCCACACCCCUGCACCCACUCCCGAAUUCAUGCCCAUUGUAAUCCACAUUGACUUUAGCCUGAGAAACCCCGUGGAUGGCAUCCAGUUCGUGCUGCCCACCGACUCCUACCCAUAUCGCGUACCGCAUGCAUAUACGACACCAUCGUCCGCCGACGCUGCGAGAUGUUGGGUUCCAUGCAUCGACAGUUUGUGGGAGAAGUGCACUUGGGAGUUCGAAUUUGUAGUUCCUCGCUAUCUCGAAGAGCCUGAUCCUGGCCACCGCGGAGAGAAUAGUGAUUUUGAAGAGUCCCAGGAGUCUAUCCCUACGGUAGUUGUCUGCAGUGGCGACCUCGUGGAACAGGUUGCACAUCCUAACAACUCGAAUAAAACCAUCUUUUUGUUUUCUCAAGCAGUGUUGACGUCCGUGCAGCAUGUCGCCUUUGCUGCUGGCCCAUUCCAUGUGUAUCCAAUCCUGACAGAGCUCACAUCAGAGGAUACGUCUGGCAUAUCACAGCCUCUGAUGCAUGCGUUUUGUUUGCCUGGUCACGAAACUAUGCUCCAUUCGUCGAUUUCAUUCCUGCGUUCGGCGAUGAACUUCUACAGCACAGAGUUCGGUUCCUACCCGUUUGGGUCAUACAAAAUGGUUGCGGUGGACGAGAUGCCCGUUCAGCGCUUCGACAGCUCGACGCUUUCCAUAAUCAAUGUGGAUCUUCUUCACGGCGAGGACUCGAUUGAGCAGGUACUUGAGACCCGGCAAGCACUCAGUCAUGCCCUGGCCUGUCAAUGGAUGGGAAUCAACAUCCAACAGAAGACGUGGUCGGACACUUGGCUCGUAAAUGGUCUUGCGCUGUAUAUCACUGGCCUAUUCGUCCGCAAGCUCCUGGGAAAUAACGAGUACCGAUACAGACUCAAGCGGGACAUGCAACGAGUCGUCGAAUGGGACAACGGAUCGAUGCCGCCCAUCUGCCAACCACAGCUCAAUGAUCCCCCAGACUCUAUGGCGUUACCUUUUGUCAACUUGAAGGCGCCCCUCGUGCUGCACAUUUUGGAUCGACGUCUCGGCAAAUCUGGUACCUCACUUGGUCUUCCUCGUGUUCUCCCAAAGAUUUUUUUGUCAGCAAUGAGCGGAGAGUUGCAAAAUAAUGCUCUAUCGACGCACUCGUUCCUGCGUACAUGCAGGAAGGUCAGCGGGAUUGAUCUUCGGUCAUUCGCUGAGCAGUGGAUCUACGGCAGUGGUUGUCCAGCAUUCGGGUUCUCUGCUUCUUUCAACAGGAAGAAGAUGGCAGUCGAGAUCACCAUGCGACAAGAUUCGCCAGCAUAUAAGGCGCUCGAGUACAACGAGGUGUCGAAACUGUUGCACAAGCCCGUGCCAUUCUUUGAGGGCCAAAUGACUGUUCGGAUCCAUGAAGCGGAUGGCACUCCAUAUGAGCACGUUUUAGACAUUCGUUCGUCCUUCAAACGCUUUGAAGUCCCUUUCAACACGAAGUACAAACGUAUUCGACGAAACACUAAGAGAUACUUGGCACGACAAGCGGCUGCUCAGGCUGCAGCAGAAGGUGACGCCGAAGCUGCUGAAGCCAUGGGUCUAAUCGAUAUGGGUUUUGGACUCGAGAUUUGGGAAAAGGAAAAGGAGCGAGAAAACUGGAAGGUGGCUGACUGGACAGAGGAGGAUGAGCAGGUGAUGUCGGGUGCAACGUACGAAUGGAUCCGCAUGGACGCCGAUUUUGAAUGGAUCGCUGCUAUCGCUUUUGAACAGCCCGACUUUAUGUGGGUGUCGCAGUUGCAACGAGAUCGUGAUGUCGUUGCGCAGCUGGAAGCUGUUAAUGCUCUCGCAAAGCAAUCCACCGCCAUCGUUUCGAGCACAUUCACCAAGACAGUGCUCGUCUCCAAUUACUAUUAUCGCAUUCGGUGUGAGGCCGCGAUGGCCCUAGUGCACUGCGCCAUUCGGAAACUUGAUUUCUUGGGACUAUUUCAUCUGUUCAAGUUGUUCCUUCGCUACUGCUACGACCCGGAAGACCCCAACCAAGAUUUAUUCGCUCAUACUUACGUCCCAAAGCCUAAUGACUUCUCUGACCUGGCGGAAUACUUUGUUCGAAAGGUAGCCUCGUUCAUCGCAAUAUCCCAAGUGCGGUUUGAGAACGGCAAGACACCUUCAGUGGUUCGUCAGUUCCUUGUCGACCAACUUCGUUACAACGACAACACAGCCAAUCCAUACUCGGACGCGUUCUACAUAUGCACUAUGAUUUCAGCUGUUGCCUGUGCAACUGUCUCGAUUGCUCCUCCAGAACGUGGUGAGCUCCUUCGCGAAGAAGUUCAGUCGGAGCACACCACCGAGGAUGCCAACUUGAUGAAGCAGGCGAUUGACGAGGUCAGCAGAUAUCGGAGCAUGGACAGAUUGAUCCCAUCACCGAAGAACGUAGUCACUACUGCAGUAUUGGAAUUCUACUUGAUUCUUACUACCGCGAACCUCAUCCCGAACGAUCUCCGGGUCUUCUUCCCUCUUACCCGUGAAGGUAAUUAUACUCAAGUUCGUCUCGCCGCCUUCGAUGGCCUUUUCAUGUCUAAGUGGUACACGCCCGCCAUUAUGCGCUACGUAUUGGCUGUUAUGGCAAAUGACCCAUCUCGCUUGGUCCGGAGACAUGUGGCCCGUAGCGCAUGCCAAAGCUUGGCUCUCUUGGUGUCCAUGGGGGAGAUGAAGAACUCCAUCAAGGAUACAGAGUCACUGCUCAUCGAGGAAGAUGGCUCUCUGCCAGAGAAGUCGAAAGAAGCGAAGAAGAGCGAGGUCGACAUGAUGAUCAAGGUUCUCAGGAAAGACAGAGAAAUUGGCAAGAAUGAGGUGUUGCGGGAGUUCCUGAUGUCCAUCGCACUUGCACCGGAUAUUGACCAGGAAGUACGCUGGGGUGUCAUCAAGUUGGCUGACAUUGUCCUCCGGGGAGUUGAAGAAACUCCACCGAAGGUUACUAUUCACCUACCUCCUACACCUGUGACUGAAGUCCCGCCCUCGCUUCCGGUGGUGAAGGUGCUGCCAAAAGCCUCGCGACCUCUCAAGUCCGGGGGACCGCCUGCUCGGGUGCCUGUUGUUGCAUCUACUGCGCCAAAGCUCAAAAUCAUACCUGGUAGUGUUCAAGCCCGAAGUUCUAGUUCAUCUGUCACUGCAUCCGCUAUUCCAACGCCUCCAGUUCGCACCGCCUCCAUGGCUCCGCCCCCAGUUCCUGCGAAAGCCAAAGCCAAAGCCAAGCCAAAGCCUAUGAAUGGUAUCAGGCCCCCUCAUAUCCCGAAGGCACAGUCAGCUGGAAUGAGCUUGAACGAUUUGCGUGCAAGCCGUAAUGCUCUCAAAAAGCUCAAGAUACAUAAGAGCGCAGUGCUUUUCAUGCAACCAGUGGAUCCUGUUCGAGACCACGCUCCAAACUAUUACGAGGUCAUCAAGAAUCCUAUGGACCUCAGCACCAUGGGUGCCAAAGUCGAGGCGGGCAUGUACAAGGACCGUUUUGCCUUCGAGGCAGAUUUCCGUCUUAUGAUAGCAAAUGCGAAGCAGUACAACCCUUCCGGAACGUACGCCCACACCGAGGCGAUUUUCUUAGAGACGUUUUUUGAAAAACUUUGGAACCGCAUCCACAAGACUCUUGAAGCUGCUAGCAAGAAUGCAGAGCCUGCGCCUGAGAACUUGCCCACUAUCGUAGUGAAGAAACCUGGAACUGCUGCGUCAAUGCCUCCUGCGGUCACAGCCCCGCCACCUCCACGAGCAGAGUCGGAGGCCCCAGCACGUCCGAUCAUCAAGCUCAAGGUUGGUGGUCCACAAGCCAAGACACCGCAAGCAGAGCCCUCGAAGAAGGCGGCGGAGCCCAAGGCUUUACAGAAACCCAAACAACCUCGCAAGCCCAAAGCCAUUGACGAGGCACCUCCGCCUUACGUCGAUGAUGGAUCCCAUGACCUGCUGCAAGAAGUAAUCGCUAUCGAGCGAGAGAAAGACGAGGAGAAGCGCACCCGGAAAACCAAGGAUCCCGUUCGGGAAUCACCUCCCCCUGCAAGAGUUUCGGACAGUGGACCGCCCGGAAAACGCAGAAAGACGAGUGCUGACGACGAUAGUAACGAGAUACUGAUGUUAGCCCCGUCCCUCUCCAGGAAGGAAAAGCCUGGCGUUCCCUCUUUGAGCUCUAGCACUCCAGCUGUGGAGCCGUCCGGUGCGCCUGCGCCUGCGCCUAAAGUGUCUCUUGGCAAACCGAAGAAAGAGAAAGCUGUAAAUCUUCGCGAUUCAGAAUCCGCCUCCGAACCUCCGCGCACCUCCAUCAAGGGCAAAGAGAGAGAAGUUGUGCCUAGCAAUACCCCGACGCCAUCAAAGCCUCGCAAGGUGCAGGCAUCGGCUCCACUCAAUGAGAAGAAGUGUCGGGAAAUUUUAAAGAUUCUUCUCAGGGUUCCAGAGAGCGUUAUAUUCGCUCAGCCUGUAGACCCUGAGAGAGACGGAUGUCCUACGUACUACGAGGAGAUCAAACACCCGAUGGACUUUGGUACUAUGACCCAGCAUUUCAACGAGGGCAAGUACUCAACCAUGGAGGACUUCCAAAAAGACGUCGAGUUGGUGAUCAGCAACUGUCGAAAAUUCAACCCACCCACUACGUACCCCCUGGAGAAAGUCUUUAAGAAAGAAUGGUCAAAGGUGAUAGAGAAGAAGCUUUCAUGGACGGAGAAGAGGAGCUUACAAGCACUGAUGACUCAAUUGGUGAAGGAGGACGUCUCUUGGGUGUUCCGAGAUCCUGUCGAUCCUGUCCUGUUGGGCAUCCCGACGUACUUUGACGUCAUACCGAAGAGGGAUGCAAGAGAUUUGAGAACGAUCCGCCAGAAGUUGGACACUGACAAGUACGACUCGACGGAAGCAUUUGAGGCAGAUAUCAACCUCAUGAUCCAAAACGCUAUUACCUUCAAUGGCGCGGACUCUGAGGUCGGGUACAUUGCAGUUGCCCUGCGUGACCGGGUCAAGGAGCUGUUUGGUGGUGCCAAGGCGAGUACAGGGACCAAGAAACGCAAGGAUGGCGAGAAAGGGACACCUCAGCCGUCGAAGAAAGUGAAGCUCGGCUGA